AUGCGGAAUUGGCUGCGAGACUUCCUCAUCGAUCGGAAAUUCUUCGUCCGUGUUGGCAAAUCGUUCUCUGCGUGGUAUUCCGCUCCCAGUGAGGUCUCCCAAGGCUCGGUUCUUGGUCCGUUGCCCUUUGUGGUUUAUGUGAACGGCCUGCCUGGUCAGCUGUGCAGCCCAUCUCUCAUGUAUGCAGAUGAAAUCAAAAUCUGGCGUACAAUCAAGGAUCCGAAUAAUCGAAGUUCUCUUCAAGCGGAGUUGAACAACCUGGUUCAGUGGGCGGACACCUUGGCUCUUCCAGUCAACACAGCAAAAUGUGCUCACCUGCAUUUGGGGCGUGCUGACUCAGAGGUAGUCUACAACUUCCAGGGAACCACAUUGCGCAGAACAUCGUGCCAAAGAGACCCGGGUGUUAUGGUGACGUNGAAAAAACACUUAUCGGGUGUGUGCUAG